UUAUUGAUUGUAAACGAGAUUUUUGACAGUGACGUUAAAUCAGGAGGUUAUAUAUACUACGGCAGGUUUUGUUAUUUUCAGUUGCGUGUAACAUGGCGAGAGUGUUAUCUCGUCGGACUAUACAUUUAAUAUGUUCACUGUUAUUAAUAUUAAAUAAAUAUGAAUUAAUCGGGGCGGCUGACGAGGGCGCUCCAGAGUUUUAUUCAUUAAAUGUAAUUAAAAUCACUGACAAUUUAAAUGAAAAAAAUGUGGAUUACAAAGAAGUGGUGUUCGAAGUGCAGGGCCGAAAUAUACCCGACGCCUCUCAGAUCAAAACAACGGCAAAAGUUUCAGAAAAAAGCAGUUUAUGCGAGGACUCGAAGCUGAAUGAUUAUAAAAUUAGUGUAGUGUCGGGAAGUACUCGUUUUAAAAUCGCCGUGCCGGAAAGUGUUCAGGGAAAUUUAUACUUUUGCUUACCUCGUAAAUUCAAAGAGAACGACGGCAGAAUACCCCCAAAUAUUUUAGACAGCCAAUUUUUUAAGUGGUACCAUCAAGGCCCUAACAUUACUAUUAACGUUUUGCCUAGUGAAACCGAAAAGAAACAAGAUAUAUCUGUGCAUCACAGAAGCUUGCGAGAUGCAGACGCACCUCAAGUGUGGGCCCUCCGUUUGGAAAAGACCUACAAGGAUCCAUCAUUCGUCGAAGGUGUACCAGAAGUUCUGGUCCAACAAGAGCAUGUCAUACGACUCAUCGGGACGGGUUUCACACCCGAGAUGGUCGUCACGUUUACCCAAUAUAGUGGCAGUUAUGGUUCACCGUGUGAACUUCCCGCUGUCAAAGGUUUCCCGGUUGAGGAAACAACGGAACACACUACCGUGGUCAAAAUAAAUUUACCAGCCCUCAGCGGCAAUGCGGACAGCUUCUUCAUCUGCAUCAAGCCCAACCAGACGUCGACGUUCAUACACCAAGGUUCGGAACUUUGGCUCCAGAUGAAGACGUACGAGAAGAUGGUACCCUUGUGGGCGGCCAUCGUCAUCAUCAUCAUCUGCCUGUCGUUCUCGUCUCUGUUCUCGGGUUUGAACUUGGGUCUGAUGUCGCUUGACAAGACGGAACUUAAGAUCCUGUGCAACACGGGCACCAGCAAGGAGCGGAAGUACGCGAAAGUUAUUCAGCCGGUUCGAGAGACCGGUAACUACCUGUUGUGCAGCAUCUUGCUCGGAAACGUGUUCGUUAAUUCGAUAUUCACCAUUCUGUUGGAUGAUCUAACGUCGGGACUGAUUGCUGUGAUAUUUUCCACGCUCGCCAUCGUCAUGUUCGGCGAGAUUUCGCCGCAGGCGGUAUGUUCGCGACAUGGUCUCGCCAUCGGUGCGAAGACGAUAUGGAUCACAAAAGUGGUGAUGGUGAUUACUUUCCCGCUGUCGUAUCCCAUCUCCAAGUUCCUUGAUUGUAUACUGGGAGAGGAAAUCGGCAAUGUCUAUACCAGAGAACGUCUGAAAGAGCUUGUCAAGGUUACAACCGGAGAAAACGAUUUGGACAAGGACGAAGUGAACAUUAUUAGCGGUGCCUUAGAACUACGCAAGAAAACUGUCUCCGAAGUCAUGACGAAAAUCGAAGAUGUCUUCAUGCUGGACUACGAAGCUGUGUUGGACUUCGAGACCGUAUCGGAAAUUAUGAAGUCAGGAUAUUCACGUGUACCCGUUUAUGAGGGCAACCGCCAGAACAUCGUGACGAUGCUUUACAUUAAGGAUUUGGCGUUCGUCGAUCCGGACGACAACACGCCUUUGAAGACGCUGUGCCAAUUCUACCAGAAUCCGUGCAAUUUCGUAUUCGAGGACGUAACCUUGGACGUGAUGUUCAAGAUAUUCAAGGACGGCAACAAGGGCCACAUGGCCUUCGUACAUCGUGUCAAUAACGAGGGCGAAGGCGAUCCGUUCUACGAAACUGUGGGACUUAUCACAUUGGAGGACGUCAUUGAGGAAUUGAUCCAGGCCGAGAUUAUGGAUGAGACUGAUGUGUUCACCGAUAAUCGCACGAAGAGGAAACGAAAUGCUGAAAGGAGGCAAGAUUUCAGUGUGUUCGCCGAACGACGCGGCGAGAGCAGCAGAAUCCGCAUUAGUCCGCAAUUGACGUUGGCUGCCUACCAAUAUUUGAGUACAACUGUGGAACCUUUCCAUCCCCAUGUUAUUUCGGAAACGAUUCUAAGACGUCUGCUGAAACAAGACAUAGUGUUUCACAUCAAGAAGAACAAAGAAUGGAGAACAGAUCCAGCCAACAUCAUUUAUCAACAAGGAAAGGCCGUCGACUAUUUCGUCAUCAUAUUAGAAGGCAGAGUGGAGGUCACUGUGGGUAAAGAGAACCUGAUGUUUGAGGGUGGCCCAUUCACAUAUUUCGGCACCCAGGCUCUGGUGCAAACUGUAGGAAUAGAGUCCCCAUCGACGGCACCAUCAACGAUGGGUUCCCUGGAAUCCCUCAAUUUGGACUCGCUGCUGCGUCACACUUUCAUACCGGACUAUACAGUGAGAGCUUCGACGGAAGUUCUGUACGUGAAGGUGAAGCGCAGCAUGUACCUGGCGGCUAAGCGAGCCACACUUAUGGAAAGAUCGAAACGUGACAAUGACAAUGCCCAGUCGGGCGAGAAUUUCGAUGAAGAAGUUGACAAGCUACUCCAUUCACUAGACGAAGACGACGGGGGGAGCCUGGGCGGCCGCCAGACGCCCAGGAAGCGCUCGUCGAAGAACCUGAGUCACCACAGACUGGAGACGGGCGGUGGUUCCCACAGUACUAGCCCAAAGACACCGCCCCACUAUUCGAGCGUCAGUCCACCGAACCGUCUAAGUUCACGCGACAUCAACGGCUCGAUCAACAAGUCUAGCCCCGUGGACGAAGUCCACCUGAACACUAGAGACGAAGAAGUGUCUCUGCUGCCCAGGAAGUCAUAACACUAACUUUUUGGCCCCGCACUGACGGGGCCACCAUACAGUACUUACUUUUUGUUUUUUAGGUUUUAGAAGAAUAGUAAUAUUAAAGUCAUAUUCUUCCCACUAGAUUAUUGAAAUAUUUCUACAUGCAUAGCUAUAAGCAGAACUUGUUGCACAUUAGUAUGUUUAAAGUAUGUUAACUUGUUAUAUGCUGUUUGAAAAAAGUAACAAAUUUAUUAUCCCUGUAUAUGUAUAGCGUAAGCAAUUCCUACCAAUUACAUCGACUUUUUUUAUACUUGGUUAAAUUUUUCAUACACACAUUUUAUAGUGUUUAAAUAAUUGUAGAAUAUUUAUUUUAUUUUUAUACUCAAUCAAACGCAUUGUAUCAAAACCAGUGAAAUGUAUUUUUAUGUACUAUUUUUUAUAAGGAAUUGUACUUUUGUUUUAAUUCGGUCAUAAGUUUUAAAGAGAUUAUUUCCUUUUUAAGAUAUAUAUUUUUAUGUCCUUUGUUAACUAUUGUUGAAACAUAGUGGUGCUUUUAAUUUUCUUGUUGUUUUAAAGCCGUAUUACUAUUAAAAUGUUCAUAUGAAAA